AUGGCCGAAUCACCACGUUGGCUACUUCUGCGAGGACGUGAACCGGAAGCUUUACAAGCUCUCACUCAUUUCAAGCCGAAAAAUACACCCGAUGAAGAUAUACGGGCCGAAUUCGACGUCCUGUCUUUGAAGGUUUCCGAGCAGCUUCAGAAGAAAAGCUUCAGCGACCUGUUUACCAAAACCAAUCGUUUACGUACAUUCGUCGUUGUGUUAUCCAAUUUUUUCCAGCAGGCUACCGGUCAGGCAUUUGCCUCGCAAUAUGGUACGCUUUUUGUCAAGCAGUUAAUGUCAAUUGACCCAUUCAGUGUUAAUUUGGGUACAAAUGCUGUUGAUAUCGGCGCCAUCAUUAUUUUGGCGUGCUUGAUUGUUGUGAUCGGUCGCAGCUCAAUCGUCCAAAUGGGCUCUUUGAUGACUAUGGGCGGUCUUGGUACCGCGGAAGCUGGCAAUGUGGCAGCUAAACAAGGAAUUAUUGCCAUGCUGAUGAUAUUCAGCUUCAGUUGGUCUCUCGGUUGGGCACCAUUGACUUAUGUUAUUGGUGCCGAGCUACCUUCCUCUCCUCUGCGAGAAAUGACCCUCCAAAUUGCCUAUUUCGUGAAACUGGUUACAGAGUAUGUCAUGACUUAG